GCGACGCCCAGUUGGUCUGCAGGGUGUCGAUAGCGUCUGUAAACCGUAGCCAAUAGAACGUAGACGCGGGAAGGAUGGCCCAAGUGUCUGAGUUGAAGUCGCUGGUGAAACAGCUCCAAAGCAAUCCGACGGAGCAGGAUAUCCUGGGGAUCCUGCAGACUCUGAAGGAGCAGCAGAUUGUGACCGAGGCCCUUCUGCGGGAAAGUAAAGCCGGUCUCGCGGUUGGAAAGCUGCGCACACAUGCAUCAAGAGUCGUCGCUGACCUCGCGAAGGAGAUUGUGAAGAAGUGGAAGCAGGCAGUCGAGCAGGAGAAGCAGGGUGGAGGAAAGUCACCCACGACGAACGCCGCGACCAAGCUCCCUCUGCGAAAACAAUCCACGUCCGUCCCCCCUCCGACGCCUACCACCCCGUCUAGCACCGCUGGCACGCCAAGCAACAUCAAGUCCGACGUACGAACGGCCAAGAGCGAUGGUGUCGUCAUCGCUAAAAUGACCGGAGAUGCCACACGAGACAAGUGCCUGGAGCUAAUUUACGAUGCGCUGGCCUUUGAUUCUGGGGCCCCAUCUGAACAGAUCCUUGGGAAGGCGAAGGCAAUCGAGGCAGCUGCUCUCACCGACAACGGUGGUGUCACGGCAGCAUAUAAGGCCAAGAUUCGAACGCUCUUCGUCAACCUGAAGGAUAAGAACAACCCCGGCCUCCGGGAGAGCGUUGUCGCAGGAGACUUACCAGUCACACGGUUCUGCAAGAUGACUAGCGCAGAGAUGGCCUCUGAAGAGAGAAAGGCCGCCGAUAAUAGAAUUCGAGAAGAAAAUCUGUUCAAAACUCUGGGCGCUGAGGAAGUGCAAGCAGAAACUGACGCCUUCCAGUGCGGUCGCUGCAAACAGCGUAAAUGUCGAUACCGUCAAGCACAAACUCGCAGCGCUGAUGAACCUAUGACCACAUUCGUAACCUGUACAGUAUGUAACAACAGAUGGAAGUUCUCAUAAGCCUGUGGCUACAUAUAUUUCCGGCUAUGGUACAUUUUCUCUAAUCGUUGCUACUCAUCCUGCGUCGUUCUCCGGAGGACCUGUUCUUGCCGCUUAUCCCCUCUUAUUGCUUGCUACUUCCCGCCCCGCUAUAUGCCAUCACUGCCGAUAUCACGAGGGCAAUGCAAACUGUACCAUCUAUUCUUUGCCUAGAACAUACCAUGAAUGCAGUAUUGAGAUUCGAUCUAGGUACGGUCUAUUGACUGAUAAUCUAAUAGAUCUGCUGAGUUUAGACAAGUAUCUACACGCCCACUCUCAGCACUCAAAUUCUUACAAAACUUGGCUGUAG